AUGAACCGACCCACGAGCUGCCUUGCCACGGCUUUGGGCAAAAAGAUCGUAGAAGCAGUUUCCGGUGGAGCAAUCCAAGAAGCGCUUUUUCUCUACAAACAACUCCAUUCCUCCGGAAUCCAUGGAAGCCCAUCCUUCCUCCCAUCCCUUCUCAAAGCUUGCUCUUCCCCACAAUCCCUCGGCUUCGCCCUCCAGCUCCAUUGCACCUUCCUCAAGACCGGCCUCAUCUCGGACACCGUAACCAUGAACUCCCUCCUUUCCAUGUACUCAAAGCACUCCAUGAUUGAGUACGCACGCCUACUGUUUGAUACAGCGCCGCUGAGAGACACCGUCACUUGGAAUUCGAUGAUGCAUUGCUAUGUUAGAAAUGGGUAUGCCUCCGAAUCCAUGGAAAUGGUCCGGGAGAUGCACUCGGUGGGAUGCAUGCUCAAGCCCGAGCUGCUUGCUGCCGUCCUUUCGGUCUGCGGUCGUGCACGGAAUUUGGGCCUUGGAAGAGCCAUUCAUGCUCACUCAAUUCAGAAUGGAGCAUCUGAGUCAUGUGUUCUCUUGCCUACCGCCUUGGUCGACAUGUACUCGAGAUGCCAAGAUUUGCAUGCAGCUAUAAAGGUGUUUAGUUUGAUGCCCGAGAGAAAUGUUGUUUCUUGGACAGCAAUGAUCACAGGCUGCAUAACAAAUGGAAUUCAUGAUGUGUCCCUCGAGAUGUUUCGAGGGAUGGGAGCCGAAGGAAUUAAACCAAACAGGGCAACAAUAGUUACCAUCUUACCGGCUUGCGGUGCAUUGCGUGCUUUGAAGCAUGGGAAAGAGAUCCACGGCUAUGUUCAUCGACAUGCGUUUGAAUUGGAACCUCAAAUAGUUGGAGCCUUGAUAGACAUGUACAGUAGAUGCAAGGGAGCAUCAAAUCUGGCUUCUCUUGUUUUUGAGAGAGCCGAGGAAAGAGAUGUUGUCAUAUGGAGCUCGAUCUUGAAAAACUCUUCUAGGAAUAGCGACUACGUUGGAACGUUGAAACUUCUGCAUGAGAUGAGGAAAGAUGGCAUCAAACCAAACCCAGUCGCAAUGCUGGGAGUGAUUGCCGCCUGCAUCGGCCUCUCAUCCAUGGGUCACGGGCAAGGAAUACAUGGCUACAUUCUAAAAUCUGGCCUCAUUUCAGAUACUUUCGUUAGGAAUUAUCUCGUAGACAUGUAUGCUAAAAGUGGAUGCCUGGAUUCUUCCAUCCGAAUCUUUUCUGAGAUGCCUGUGAGGGAUUCCAUCUCAUAUACUAGUAUGAUUGCAGGCUAUGGUCUGCAUGGUCGUGGCGACGAUGCCUUGAGGCUUUUUAACGAGAUGUCGGAGAUGGGAGUCGAACCUGAUGGGAUCACGAUUCUUGCAGUUUUAUCAGCAUGUAGCCACUCGGGUCUCGUAGGCGAGGCAAAGAAGCUGUUUGAUAACUUGGGCAGAAGUUGCGACAUUCUUUUGAGUUCAGAGCAUUAUGCUUGCUAUAUUGAUCUUUUGGGGAAAUCUGGAAAGCUUGAAUAUGCCUGCGACGUCAUGAGAAAUAUGCGCAUGAAGCCAAGCCCCAAAGUUUUGAGUUCAUUGGUAUCGGCUUGCAGGGGGCAUGGCAGAUUUGAGGUGGCAGAGAAGUUGGCCUUUUGGCUGAUCAAUACCGAACCAGAGAAUGCAGCAAACUUUACGUUAUUGUCAACGAUAUACGCUGAGGCUGGUGAUUGGUUUAAGGCAGAGGAGAUCAGGAGGGCAAUGAGGGAGAGGGGAUUGAAGAAGAGCUCUGGGAGCAGCCAAAUACAAAUGGGAGCAGAGAUUUGUUGCUCGUCUGUCAUGUGA